GACGCCUUACCGUUCACACCGCCCCUCCGUCCCUCACUCCCAGUGCACCGCGGCUGCCGCUCUCUGGAACGCCGCCUGGACGUUACUCCCCAAGUGGUAGUGAUCGCUCUCCGGCGCUGGAAGCUGGAAGAGCUCUUCAUACCCCCGAGUUGUGCUUUGGAUUAUACUACUUACUCUCAAGAAUAUUGUUGUGGUUUAUUGACGAAGAAUCUUGUAUGUGGUGAUGCCAGUGGAGUGAGUUGUUUAUACGUGGAUUCUUAGAGAAUUAUGGUGAAGGAAACAGUAGUGCCUCGUGCCAACCAGAUCAACCUAACAAUUCUCAGCCUUUGAAUAGUGUGACCGCCCUCCUCCAAAACCCUUAAUAACCUGUGACACCUGACCUGUAUGUUAUCCUCUGGUCAAGUUGUGGUCAUCGUGUAAGUGACCCAAAUUUGACCCUGGCUGACCUGUCAAGUAGGAGAGUGUGGGGUCAGGAAGGCUGGAUGAGAGCCAUGACGGAUCUCGACACUCCCGGUGCUGUCGUCUGGCCCAAGUGGUGUUAUUCCAGUAAGUCGCCUUGGUACCAUUCCCGUAACCAGGCGGAGAGCGAGACGGCCCAGGACCUGGCGCUCAACAACAACAACACACCCAUCACCAAAGACAAGGAACACGCUGCGGUCGCUGCCGCUAACGCCGCGGCUGCCGCAGCGUACGGCGCCAAGGGCCGCAAGAAGGUGCGGCGCGAGGUGCCCAACGGUGCCCGCCUGGAGGACAAGAUGCCAUCAGACUCCACAAACGACGUCAAGUCAGAGAGAUUAUCACCAGACCCCGGCAGUGACGCCCCCGUCGCCACCCACGCCACCCCCAGCCCUUCUGUGUCACCCAAGUCCCCCGCCUCACACCGCACCCGCACGCCCUCCUUCCCUGGCACGCCUCCCAACCCCGCCUUCACGCCUCCCGCCGCCAUCCCCUCCGCCUACGAUCGCUUCAGCCCCGCCUCAUUGGGCGGUGUGGGUGUUGGUGUGGGCGGCCUCCCAGGAGGUCCAGGAGCCAUCAAGCAGAUGGAGUCCCUCAUGAACAGAAACUGCUCUGAUCUCAUGAGAUCUUUGGCGGCCAAGUACAACAACAGCAACCCCAACGAUUACUUCAGCAGUCCAAACAACGGGUUCCUACGUCAUCCCCUGGGUGGCCUGGCGGGCUUCAAGCACGGGUCGGCGCCCUUCAUCGGCGUGCCCACACAGCCCACCACCGCGGCGUCAGUCAAGGAGGCCGAGAAGAAGAUGGAGACGAUACCAGUGUCCUCAGCCGCGGGCAUGUCUCCGCUGCCUCACCCAGGGGCGCCCCCGAUGUUCCCAGGGGCCGCGGGUAUCCCUGGUUUCCCCGGGUUCCCUCUGGUGGACAUGUCCUCCUCGCAAGUCCUCCUCAACAUGGUGCGCAACGCCUCGGCGACGCAACAGUCACAAUUGGAGAACUACCUGCGGGGGGCCAUGAAGCGGCCAGCUGACGCCCCAACCUCCCCUCUCGACCUCUCCGCCACCAUGGCCACCAAGAGACCCCGCACAGAACCUUCCAAGUCCUUCGACGUCAAGACGUUGUUUGGUCUUCAACACGAAGAGGAGAAGAAGCUGGAGUCCAAGGCCCACACCACCCGGUCGCCCACGCCACCCAAGCCUCGUCCCACGCCUUCUCCGGGGACCCACAAGCCCCCCACGCCCUGCUCAGACAAGAACUGCACCACACUCGAGACCAUCGGCCAGUGGACCGUCGACGAUGUCUGUUCCUUCGUCGGGAGCAUAGAACUGUGCGCCGAAUAUGUCGAGGCGUUCCGUGAGCAACGUAUCGAUGGGUCUGCGCUGCCGCUGCUGACGGAGGAACACCUCACCUCCAGCAUCAACAUGAAGCUUGGUCCUGCCCUCAAACUACGUUCUGUCUUAGCACGUCGCCUGGGAGCCUGUAACGUGUGUCUCCACUGUGACCACUGCCACACGCAGACGCAGGAACGGCGGCCCAGCUCUGCCUCGUCAGGACAAUAGGACCACUAUAUCGGGUUCACAUCCAUAGUGAAUCCCCUCCUCGGGCACAUUCACCAGUCCUCCGUUUACCGAAGUUGAGUGUUGGAUGAAUUCCGGUGGUGUUCUUACAGCAGUUUAAGGGAGGGGAUACUAAACACUGCCUCCGUUCUCGUUGAGGUGGUGGACUAUGCUAUAAUGACCUCAGGGACUUUAAAACCCCCACACCCAAAGGAUCCUCCCCUGGGUAAUUCCUACGAAGUGCUGCGUGUCUAUACUGAAAGUGACAGUGUUAUUAAUGGCGGGGUGUAGAGAGGAGGAAACAGUCUACACAACACCCCCCUCCUUUACCCCCCCAACCUUUUUUUUUUUCGACGGCAUCUGCAGCAGAGUGCGCCGUGGGGUCCUCAGUGAGUCAGUCGACGGGAGGUUCAUCUUACUGAAAAAGUGUAUUCCGCUGAAGUAACUAUUUUUAUUUCGGGGAUGACCGACAAAUCCAGGACAGUAAAGCGGUGGCCAUUACCCCGCAGUCUGGUCUGAGCCUCCAGUGAGAGAACACUUCUACCCGCAGAUAUAUAUUUAAAAAAAAAGUAAAAGUGACUUAAAGACAAAAUAAAAAAAACCAUAGUCAAGUGGAGUCCCCGAGUAAGGACGUCUGAAGGUGCUCUUGUUCCCGUAGAGAUAAUGAUGUUUACUGACUGACAGACGGACGAACUGUAGUUGCUGUUGCUUAGUCGACCAGUGAGACGAUUGCCGUAGGUGUUCUGCGUUGUAAACAAGAGACAUGCGCUUAAAUAGGACCAUAUUCUGAAACGUAGCUCAAGUGUUCAGUAAAUGGAUGAAUUUGUCACUAAAACGUAUAAGGUGUGUUGUUAACGUGUCAAGAAAGGUCAAGGCAGUGAUCUGUUGUUUAUGUUAAUUAUUCUUUCUUCUUGUGUUCAGUAUUUUUUUUUCUCUCUUUUUCGCUUCUUAAGUUACGUUUCAGAAUUUGGCGCUGCUUAGUGCUUCCUGGCCCUUGAGAAUUUGUUGUUCUCUGUAUGGUCCUUCAAAAGACAAAACCCGCUCAAGAUUUUCAAGUCAAAGUUUUUUUUUUUUGAAACUUUCUUUCUUUUUUGCUUUUUUUUUGUCUCUUCAGAUUGACCCUUUUUGUUUUUUGUUGUACAGCCGAUCACACAAAAUGUACAUUAAAAAGAAUACCUCAACAGGUUUAUAGUUGUUUAAUUGCUGUUAUUUUUUACAUGCAUUUGCAACUCAUAUUUUUUUAGACUGCAAAAAAAAUAAUUAAGCUAUAAUAAGCUAAAGCUAACAAUGAAUGACACGUGCUGUAGAGUAUAGCUUCGAGCCAUUGGUAGCUUUGCAAGGGAAGAGGAGGAGGAGGAGGAGAAGAUAAUAACAGCUGGUUGUUUUACACUCACCUGCUGGGUCAUGACCUCAGGUGGACACGACCCUCCCUCUCUCUCUCUCUCUCCCUUACAAACCAGACCUGUGUAACCCAAAGAUUAUCCAUAAGUCCAACUUCUUUUUUAGUCAAUACUUUUUUUUCAUGGUAGGGGCAUGAUAGAAAUGAUGCAGUAUUUAUUGAUGUAUGUUUUUUUGUGCAGCCUUUAUUACAAAAAAAAAAUACUUAAAGAUGUUUGUGUAAUUGAAAGGGUUGUCUGUAUAUAGAUUGUUAUAAUUUUUUUAGUUUGUUGAUGAAAAAUUCUUCUUCCGAGGUCACUUGGAGAGGAAGAAUUUAUCGAGUCACUUCUGUGUUGCUCGCUGCGGUUUUAUUAAUGCCAGCCAGCAAGAUGUCUUAUUUAGUAAUAAUUUUUUUAUAUUAUUAUUAUUGGUCAUAUUGAUAAAUGUAGUCACUCACUCAUUCACUCACUCACCCUUCGAGCAGUCACUAACAAGACCAUUCGCUUAUGACAGUUGAGUUGUUUAUUCUAUACUGCUUGAUCAUCUUAACACAUACCUAUAGAAAUUAACACAUAUUGAAGAGGCUAGUUACGUUAUAUUUUCUUCUAAUACAAAUAGGAAAAAAAAACUUGUAGUGUUAUCCUAAAACACCCCCCACGAGCUUGUGGUAGCAGCCCUGAUUGGUCGGUUCCCACAGGUGUCGAAGAGCCCUGAUUGGUCGGUUCCCACAGGUGUCGAAGAAUAUGACUUGUUUUUUGGUACUCCCUCACUGUCGUCCGGCGUCAUGGUCUGCUACGCUUCAUCAUUUUCCAUUACCUGAUCACUCACCUUCACUACAUAUCCUAAAGGCUCAUCCUCUCUCUCUCACUUUCGUGUUUAUAGGCUUUGUGUUGAUACAUCUCUCUCUCUCUCUCUCUCUCUCUCUCUCUCUCUCUCUCUCUCUCUGUAUAUAAAGAAAAAGUCGUUAUUUUAAAUUUUUGUAAUGAAUGGCGUGUUUUUAUAUUCUAUUUUUAAUAAAAGAAAAACCCGGUGGUCUGUCGUGAGCUCGGCAGCAAGGACUCCCCAAGUGGCUCUUUAAAGACAUCAGCUGAUCUAGAGGUAAACAAAAUGAGUAGUUAAGACUCCUCUCUCCUCUAGCCUCAGAUGUCUGGCCACACGGGGUUCCUGACACACACAUUGCUGAGUUCCAAGACGCUAAUGGGGUUGCAGGCAGGGUCGGGUAUGAGCAAUAAAUAUAUUUAAUAAAGUGAAGGUUUUCGAUUUCUUGAAAACUGCCGAAGGGAGUUUUGAAAAAAAAAUUUAUAUUGUUGUCUAUAAUAUUAAUUUCUAUUGGGAUGGCUUGUACUACACCACACACCAUGAUGUACAUACCAUAACACCAGAAUAAAGAUUGGAAAGAUG